UAUCGAUAUUGUCCACGAGCCACAUGAGCGAGAGCGAAUGGUUCUUUCCGACAACAGGCGCACAUUGAAGUCGUCAAAAUGUUGAUGCCAAAAAAGAAUCGUGUAGCUAUCUAUGAGUACCUUUUCAAGGAGGGAGUCAUGGUAGCGAAGAAGGAUUAUCAUGCAUCGAAACAUCCAGAAUUAGAAAAUAUUCCUAAUCUUCAAGUCAUUAAGGCUAUGCAGUCUUUGAAGUCUAGAGGAUACGUCAAAGAACAGUUUGCAUGGCGACAUUUCUAUUGGUACCUGACAAAUGAUGGUAUCGAAUAUCUACGUGGAUACUUACACUUACCACCUGAAAUUGUACCCUCCACUCUUAAGAAACAACCGAGAUCCGAAACUACAAGACCGAGACCUGCGGCAACUAGGAGCGAAGGCUCAAGACCAACAGAAGAUCGUACAGGAUAUAGACGAGGACCAGGUGGUCCUCCGAGUGCCGGUGACAAAAAGGCCGAUGUUGGUGCAGGUACCGGCGAUCUCGAGUUCCGCGGUGGUUUCGGUCGUGGAAAAGCUCUUCAGUAAUUUUUUUUAAUAUAAAAUAAAUUUGCUUUAAAAAACAAAA